GAAUGAGAAAGAUAGACAGCCACAGGGAGCACAGACAGCGGGUAGCAAGCAGCCUGGCCAUAGCUGGGUGUCCUUUAGCCGAGCACGAGAAAAUAAUCUGGAGUAAACCCAUUUUCGUUUUGCAGUUUGACAGAAUAUCACUGGAGUCGUCGGAGCAGUGCGCAUUCCUCCACAUCAGGAUAACAGCUUUCCAGGUCUGCUUUUAUUCCCAUGUCAACACGUCCAGGUGAUUACUUCGUCAUGGUCGCGCGUUUGGAAAAGCCAUUGCUGUGAAUUCUUCUGUUUUUUUGUGGAGAAACAACCAACAUGGAGCGCCAGGUUCACAAGCCGGAGAGCAAAAGCAUGGAUUCGUGUCUCAGGCGACUCAAACAGGAGGUGUUGUCGAUGAAAGAAGCCGGAGAUGGGCUACACGCUCAGAUGAACUCCAUGAUGGGAGCUCUGCAAGAACUCAAGCUCCUCCAGGUCCAAACCGCUCUCGAAAACCUCGACAUCACGGGACGCCCCAUCAAUCGUGGGAUACCACACGUCCCGGACACCGCUUCAGGGAAAGGCCUCAGGUUUGACCACAGCAUGCUGCCAGAAACCAACCCGAGUCCGGUGCCAAGCCUAGUGAGCGGAAACACCACAAUGAGCAGAGAAAGUAACUGCAUGUCCCAAAGUGGAAGCAGUAUGGGGACCUCAACCACAUCGUCGUCAAGUUUUGAGUCUGACAGUGGUAGUAGUAGAAGUUCAAGAAGUGCAAAUAACCAAGAGUCUAUUCCAAAACGCUGGUCGGGAUACACAGCUCCCCAAGUGGACUUUUGUGGACCAACAGUUGGAAACCCCCCACCUGAGCCAUAUUCACAAAAAAGCCAGCACCGCUCCCAAUUUAUGGAUCUUCCUGGGAUUCUCUACAGUCUUUCAAAAGAAGGACCAUCUAUGGACAGUGAAUGCAACCAAGACAACGCAGACGAUGCAAGCGACUGGACCUCUUCACUUAUGAACCAAUGUCGCAACCGCCAACCGCUAGUUUUAGGUGAUAAUGUUUUCGCAGAUCUUGUAGGGAACUGGCUCGACCUCCCAGAAGUGGAAAGAGAAGACAUGGAAGAAGACGAGAUGAGGAUGGAGGAUGCAAAGAACGGGAACGGGAUGCCGGAUAAACUUGACAGUCAGCAGAUGCGCCUAAGCAGAUCUCAGGAGUUUUGCCGGAAAUUCACGCUCACUACAAACAUUUUCAAGAAGUUCCUAAGGAGUGUACGUCCCGAUAGAGACAAGCUGUUGAAAGAACGACCAGGUUGGCCUGAAAUGACAGAGGCCGAUUUGUUCAAAAGGCCAAAGAAGGGAGGAGCUAAGGUGUCAAAGGGCAGCUUUUACUUACCAUUCUGGGCAAACGGACAGCAGGGAAAAGGCAGGCCAUGCCCCAAUCUGAAUGAACUCGAGAGGCAACAACUUCAGCAACAGCAGCACUUCCCCCAGUGUCAUCAGCAACCCUUCACUGGGAUUUACUUGGACAGUAGACAGCCGCAGAAUGGCACUGUGGAUAGAAUGCCUCCCUUGUUUGACUACAACACAGCUGUGUGGGUCUGACACAGCCACAUGGAUGAACUGAGAGAGUGACUGAGGAACAGGUGCAGGGGAUUUAACUCAACUGAAUGGUUAUCUUCCACAUAUCAACCAAUAGACUUUUCACAUGUCCUUGAUUGAAAGCAGGGUGACUGCCUUGACAAUCGGAAAACCUGAACCUCACCUAAGAACAGUGUGUGUAUGAUGUAUGAAGAUUUAUGUUACAGGUUUUUUAUUAUAAUGAAAUGAGUGAUGAAGCUGACUGGAAACAGGAUUAUACUUAUAUAAAUGACAUCCUAAGAAUGUCUCUAUGGUACUUAAACCGUUAAAGGCCAUACACAUCAUUUUCACACAUUGACAGUGAAGGAGGAGUGGAGGUCACGUUGCUCAAUGCACAGAGCAAAUGAUUAACUGUAUGCGCAAGAUUACAUUGUUUUUGUCAUUGUUGGCUAACACUAAUAACCAGUACAAGUUUGUAGUUAAUUCAGCCUCAACCACAAACUCCAUUUGUGUUUUUAUUCGCAAUACUAGGACAGUAGCUAUUGUGAAACCAUCUUAAUUAGACCAGAAUCUGUGCUUGACUUUUUAAAUACCAUCUUCAUGGCAGCUAAGAAGCAGACAAAUAAUUUAUCACAGAUGUUUUCAAUGUUUCUUGCAUUCGCAUGGAUUCAUAGAUUCAUAUUAAUAGACUGUUACAUUAAACUAUUUAUGCUAUGUGAAUGUUGGCCACUGAAGCAUCUGACUCCAAGUUCAGCAAAGGACCUAAACUUCCACUCCUUUUUUCUGUUAAUGCUAUCACACUGACUAUCUUUCAUAUGUCACGUUUUCAUCUAUGAAUAGAUCACCAACUGUUACACUGCAUGGUUACUGUUGUCUAAAAAUGAUGCUAGCAACAGCUGAUACUCAACGCACUGCCACACAACUUGACUAUAAAUUUUCUGUUGUUUCCUGCUUGGCCUUGGUCAACCUGUCAGCUCCAUUCUUCUUACUCAGGGAACCAGUGUAAUCCAUCAAUAUAGUAGCGCCAAUACAGUAUCAGUCCAUCUUCUCAUAUCUUUUGGAACGAGCUGUCAUAUUACACAUUUUCACUCAGCUUAGCACAUGUUGAACUGUCCGUUCUCCUGGCACAAAGGGACGCAGCCAUCUGGUCUGGAGAUGUUAUGUCAAAGAUACAACUUUCUGGGUUAAUCCAUGGAAUUAUGAAUACACUCAAUUAUGAUAAUGAUUUCAAAGGCUGUACAUAGAAGUGUAUGUAUAACAGGGCUGUUGUAAAUUAAGAUAAAGACCAAUAAUCUCACUAUCAGGUAGAAUUCAUUGUACAGGAGAUUGUACAUAUCAGGCAAACACAGCAAUAACGAUCAUUUGCCGUUAUAUCACGUUGCAUGACUCAUGCUGUGCACAGAUAUAAUGUAUUAUCAUCACUUCUUGUACCAAAAAGUAUACAGAAAUCCACACAAAUUGUUAUCUAAAAUGUUUUACUGCUUUUUAAAGGUCAAAAACAGAACUAGUUCAUUUUAAACCACGGGGUGGUGCAAAGUUAUUCCGCAUUUAACCUUAUGCAUUCUGAGUAUCUUAAUAAUUCACCACGAUGAGUUUAUAAGCGCUUUUCACAGCACUAAGAGGUUUGCUGUGGCGGUAAAGCUAACAAGAACUAGCAUGCUCACGUGGACUUCCUGAUUAUGGGACAAUAAAAUGCUUUAUAAUUAGAUACAGACAACAUGCACCAUAUUUUGACUUCAAAAGCUGCUUAAACAGUAUAUCUACAAUUUUAGCUCAAACAAAUGGGGGAAAAAUUGGGUACAGGCCCUUUAAGCAUCAAUACAGUUAAAAUACAGGGACAUUUCUGGUUGCAAGAGGACCAUUUUGCAAAGACAAUCCAAUGCUGUAACGCUCAAUGAAUACCAGUGGGAAACAUUGUGUGACCAAUAAACUCUGAGAUUAGUAGCAGUUCUUCUUGAGAGUCUUGAGCAGCAAAUCCAUAUGGUCUUUUCUAGUUAUUCAGGUCAAUACUUCCAGAGGGUCCAACACAGACUUCUGCCAUAAGGAGCAGAGCGGCCAUAUCGCAGUGUAUGUAUGUAAAAGUAAUAAUAUUUCUUAUGUAUUUGCUGGUAUGUGUUAAUUAUUCUGCCUUGUUUAAUAGCUUGUAUUUGAGGUUCUGAGAAUCUCCAGCUGUGAUUUUAUGUCAUGUGCACUGUAAAAAAAAAAAAAAAAAAAAAUGUGUAAAUUAAAUUGUUUUGUGAUACAG